AUGCUCGGUGUUGCUGUAUCCUUCUUGUGUCUUUCCUUUUUCGCUUUCUGGACCAUUCUGCAACUGAUACUCGCUUCGUGUGCUCCCAAAUUCCAUGAUGUCCUCUCAGAGAAGCCUCCGUGGAACAGCCAAACAAAGCCUUGCUAUGUAACAGGAGAUGCUCAGGUCCCCCACGACCUCCAAAUCUUGCUGAACAGGCUCGCCGGGGAAGGGGCCAUUACAUGCGACUUCUCUCGCCGUACGAUCGGCAACGUCCCAGAUGUCAGUACGGCAACACGAUCCUUUUCGAACAUAAUUUAUCCGGCGGAAGAGACGGCCACGCCAUUGGAGUUUGCACUCAAAAAAUUCACGACUGAAGGCCGCGUUACACUGUCAACACUACAGAUCGUUGAACAGAGAAGAGAUCUCUACCUUGCCACGGAAAUCGGUGUCAUGAGCGAGGGUGGAAAAUUGGAUAAUAUCACAACCAUCAGAAAAUUUCUCGAUUUGCAGGUUGCUCGGAUUCGGGACGCUUUGGAUGUUGAUGUUGAUCCGCAACAACCAGCAGAAGUUCUACUUGCAGAUUUGAUGGACGAUCUGCGUGGGAAAGAUAGGGAUUUGUUGGUGGAAGCAAUGUGUAUGCAGAGUAUGGAAGCAGACAACUUUGGCAUCUGA